AUGUCUGAUUUCUCCAUGUUCAGCCUCUUCACCGCGGGCCUUGCCUGCUUGGCGCCCCUCGCCGCCGCCUACACCCAGCCAAAGGGUGAUGCGCCAGAGGGCAACCCAAUCUCUCAGCCAGGUCUCAACUCGAUCGUCCCAGUCGGUGAGGGCUUCACCAUCACCUGGGACCCAACCACCAAGGGCACCGUCACUCUCGUCCUCCUCAAGGGCCCCAGCUCCAACGCCGUCCCACAGUACCCGAUCGUCGAGAAGACCGACAACGAUGGCUCCUACGUCUGGACUCCUUCCAAGGACCUCGCUCCAUCCGAGGGCGCUGAGGGCUACGGCAUCCAGCUGAUCGACGACGCCACCGGCCAGUACCAGUACACCACUCAGUUCGGCAUCUCCAACCCCGACUACAAGGCAGGCAGCUCCAGCUCCUCUUCCCAGUCCUCCAAGCCCACCAAGUCCGCCCCAUCGUACGGCCAGUCCAGCUCCUCCAAGUCCGCUCCCGCCUACGGCUCCAGCGAAGCUGCAGUCACCAAGACUGACGUCGUCACCGCUUACACCACCUACUGCCCCGAGGCCACCACCUUCGCGAUCAACAACAAGACCUACAGCGUUUCGGAGGCCACCACCCUCACCCUCUCCAUCACCAAGCCACAUAGCGCCUCCAAGCCCGCCUCUGUCUGGGCCCCAGUCGGCACUGGCUCGUACAGCAAGCCCCACAACGUCACCAUGGUCGCCCCAACUGGCUACGUGCCAACGACCAUCGCGACCUCCGCUGCGACGUCCGCCGGCUACAGCGCACCUACCAAGCCUACCGAGUCCGUCCCAGCACCUUCGUACACCGGUGCUGCCUCCACCUUGGCGACCAGCUUCGCCGGCCUGGUCCUCGCGGCUGGUGCUGCCGUUUUCGCUCUGUAA